AUGACUUCUGCUACCAAUGGCUUUUCUAGUGGAACUGUUCCAGCACCAGAGGAGGAGGAAUUCCUGGCCUGGCAGCACGGUCUGGAAGUGAAUGAUAAAGCUCCCACCCAGGCUCAGCCAACUGUGUUUCGAUGGACGGGGGGUGGAAAGGAAGUUUACUUAUCUGGGUCCUUCAACGACUGGAGUAAACUUCCCCUCGCGAAAAGCCACAAUAGCUUUGUAGCCAUCCUGGAUCUGCCGGAAGGUGAGCAUCAGUACAAGUUCUUUGUGGAUGGUCAGUGGACCCACAACCCUUCCGAGCCCAUAGUAACCAGCCAGCUUGGCACAGUUAACAAUAUCAUUCAAGUGAAGAAAACUGACUUUGAAGUAUUCCAUGCUUUAAUGGUGGAUUCCCAAAAGUGCUCUUCUAGUGGUUUUAAAUCUUCAUUCAUUUGGUCAGCAGGUAUUUAUUAA